AUUUGACUGGCUGCCUCGUUUCAACAAUAAACAGAGGCAACUGAGUCGAUGUGAAAUCUCUUUAAGUUUCACUUCUUUCUUGCUGAGCACGGAACUGUAAGUAUAAAGGAUCGUCCAGAUCUUCUCAGUGUUCAGUCUAGGUGUUCACCUAUUUGGAUUAAAACUGUGUACUUUUGGUUUAAUUAAAGAGUAUAGUGUAUGUGAACUAAAUAUCUUGUGGCUGUGAUUAUUAUUCAGAGCAGUGUUCGCACUAGCCAGUAGUAACUUCAAGACUGAGUGAAUCUCACGACAUCAGUAAAGGCUUUCAGUAAGGUAUCUUCGCGCUUACCUAGCCUUUAUAACAUUUACGUGCAAGUUUAUGCACCGGACACAAAUAUUAACUUAGUAUUAGACCAACACAGAACUGGGUGAUAAGUGACUAUUAAGUUCUAUCGGAAACAAAAAAAAAGUCGAAGGCACAGUGACAGUCAGUAAUACUAAUAUUUAUUGUAUUCAUUGUAUUUGUAUAGACGGUGUAUAGGCUAGAUUGGAUAGGCCUACUCAACUUUGCAGUCCUACUAAACUUGCACAUAUUGCACAGCAACACUGCCGACUACAGUAUACAAGUAUGAAUUCAUUGAUGGAUUAUUAUUCCGUUCUAAUUCUGGGCUAUUUACUAUUUCAUUUUGUACUAACUAACGUAGCCAGUGUCACAUUCACACAAUUGUAUUUGGUUCGCCUAAGUGUCCUAAGAGAUGAGGAUUUGUCAGUGUCCAUGUGUUUGAAUUCAUUUUUUUUUACAGAAUUAAAGGCCUUACUACUAACUUUCGUCUUAGCCUAAAUUUAUACAGAACAUUAAUUAAAUUUAAUUGUGCCCAUUUAAUUUAAAUUUGGUUUGGGUGAUACGCUAACUAUACUUGUACAGUCAGUAACCUUGACUUUUUUUUUUAGACAUACCCAUGCCAUGGGGGAAAUAAUAAAAAAAAUCAUAUGGUCAAAUGCCAAUAUGCAUUCUACUUAAAUUUAAGGUGUGUAAAUACAUAUGCAUUGAAAUGAAGUUUCAGUUGAGUUGUCUCUAUACUAAACUAAAAUAAAGCAUUGUUUCAUUUUGGCAUUUGCCUAUGACUAUAUGCUAUUCACUGAAUAUAUCUGGAUACUUGUUACAAGCCUGGUUUAAAACUAUUAGUUAAUUAAGCCAUUUUAAUCAUUUUCAUUUUAACUUCAGCAUUUCACUGCAUAUCAUGAAUUGAUGGUUCUAUGCUAAAUCUAUUUUCCAUGCUUAACCAUUCAGAUUUUUUGGAGGUUGAAAAUGUCACAGCCGCUCAGAAGUAACACAGGCAGGGCAGAUUUUACCAUGAAAGAAAAUCAAAUCAAUCGACCCAAGCAGACCCUGGUGUCAAAAACAAAUGCCAACUCAAGAAGACCAGUACUUGGAAAUGUAACAAAUCAAGUGAGACGGCAACCUCAGCGUAUUGCAAAGGAAAAGGUAAGCUGUAAUUUAUAUUGUGAACAUGUCAUAGUUAUCAUGAAUUUGGUCAACAUGUUGAUUUUUCCAUUGUUUCAAGUAAUGUAUUUUAAUCCUUGACAUGAGAUGUUCAAAUUGAAGAAAUGUCUACAUAUAUUUGGGCAUCUUCUUAAAAGUUUACUUACAUUAGAUGGUGUGUUUUUGAUUUCUCACGGUGACUGUUUAUAUUCUUUUAGGUAUAUUAUGUACUCUUUCGUCUUAGUAUUAACUUCUGCCAUUGCUUGUUCCCCAGAAAUCUAAAAAAAAAUGUAGGCCUAUAUUUAUUGGCUUACUGCAUUUAAAAAGGUUUAAUGGCCCAACUUCUGUUUUAUCUACAGCAUUCAGUUCUGCAAAAACAAAGUUUUGGAGGUCAGGAGAAUACUUGUUUGAAUGUCCAGAAAACUGUAGGGCUCGCAAGCUUUUCCAUUUUUGAAGAUGAGCCUACAACUGCAGCGCCAAAAGUUUCAUCACAGAAUGUUCAAAUUCAUGAAGAGGAGCCAAUGCAUGAUGAAGAGAACCUUGUUUUGAGGGACAUGGUUGUUGGCUUAAAUAAGCACCCUUGCUUCCAACCUCAUGCUCAGCGCAAGAUAGAACCUGGUAAGUUACACACACUGAAUUUUUUUUAAAAUCUUUUUUUUAAAUCUUUUUUUUUUUUUUUUAAAGUAAAAUUUAAAAAAAAAAAAAAGAUGUAUUUAUCCCUACCACCUCAUAGCUACACACACCAUGCAGAACAUUUGUCUCAAAUGUUACUUCUUUGACAGGCUCACCAAUGGUGAUUGACAGUAUGGACAGGGAAUCUAGUACAAGCAGUCCCGAUGAGUUUGGACUUGACAUUUAUGUAAAUGAUAUAUACAACUACCUGAAAGCAGUUGAGGUAAGGAAUUUUUAUUUUUGAGAAUAUAAUCUACAUUCUCCUUGACCUAUAUCCCCUUUUAUCUUAUAUACUAUCAGGUUACUUGUUCCACAAGGUAUUCUGUAACUUUCUAAAUAAACCCAGUUAGUAAAGAAUUGGCGCAUAACCACCAGUUACCUUCAUGUCCAGUUAUAACUAUAAAUUGUCCAAUUAAAUUUUAUUUUAGUAUUUAUCUUUUGGAAAUUGUCAGUUCUUAUUCUCUAUUCUCUUUUUGAAAGCAGCACUCACGUUUUGUCAUUUGCUAUUGACUCCUUUAAUUGUUAUGGUUGAUAUUGUUGCCAUUUAUCUAUGGGAGAAUUGGGCACACUGAAAGAGUUUGCAUUUUUUUAAACUAGCCUUCAAGUCGACCAAGCAGAGAUUACAUGAACAGACAGACUGAUGUUUCAACUUCAAUGAGAAAUAUUUUGGUCGACUGGUUGGUUGAGGUAAUUCUAUUAGUACUAAUGGUCGGUCCUGUGAUAUAUUUUACCCCCCAUAAUUUACCAAUUCAAUAUUGAAUGUUAUUAAUUUGUACUAUAAUUUAUAGUUUUUGCAACUUUAUUCCAAUUUGAAUUAAGACUGAUUUCUUUAGCUAUUUUUAAUUUAAUAAAGCUAGUUUAGUGAACUCAACAUGUCGACCAUUAUUUCAAGGUUGGUGAAGAGUACAAACUGCAGAGGGAGACUUUGUUUUUGGCCAUAAGCUACAUAGACAGAUUUCUUGGAUUAGUUGGUGUUCAUAGGCCUAAGUUACAACUGGUUGGAGCAGCGAGCAUGUUCAUUGCUGCGUAAGUAUUCAUUGUUGAUCUGGAUGGUGGUUGUAUUUUUUUUUUUCCAUACUGAUCAGUACUGUUUUAAACGACUUCGUGUAAGUGAAGUAGGUUUUUAUGAAUGCUAUUUAGCUGAAUUUAAGUACUCUCUCUACAACACAAUCUCAAGGUUAGGGUUGCAGCUUCUGAUUAAUUUUCUUCUGAUUAAUAGUCCUAAAAAACAGAAAAUGUUAAGUAGAUGUUAAGUAAAUGAUGAAGCAAGGGUGUUACUGCCCAAGGAGGGCACUGGCCUGUGUUAUCUCAUGCUUCCACCGCCUUUCAAUGGGACUAGAUGUCUAAUAGGAAAAUGCACAGUUUCCCCCAUCAAAUAUUUUACAGCUACUUAGUUUGCAGCUCUUAUGUUACCUCGGUAACUCAAAAUGCUGUCAGCUGUACAGUGGGAUAAAGUUGAUCUGGUGCAAAAGAUUGAAUCGAGUGCUGUUUCUUCUCUCAUUAAAAAAAUAACUUUGCUCUUACUCCCUAUUACAGACCUGUUUUGGCGUACAAUGUACAAUUUUGAGGUGUAUAGAUUGUAUAUACUGUAUGUUUAUUUACUAUAAAUAUAACAUUGAAUAAUUUUGUGAUAUUGUACGAUUUUUAAGAGUCUGAGGGUAAACUUGUCUGAUAUGGUCUGAUUUGAAAGUCUGCUUUGCUUUAUUAUUUAAAUGUACUUUAUCUCCAUAAGGCAGCGUUAUUUGAUGCAUAUUGCGUAAGUGGUUGUACAAAAGUAAUAAUCACGCAGCUAAAAUUUGACUAGUAGAGGGAUGUGCAUGUUAAACACAAAUGUUGGAAAUCUAUUUUCUUAAAGAUAUCCGGUAAAACUUUCUCUCAUUCAUUGUUAACAUGUUAGUAGGUUUCCAUUUAUAUUUGCACUGUAUAUAUCUUGAAUUUAUUUUCAUGCAAUCCUUUUGCCAAUACUCGUGUUCCCUGUAACAUUGCGGGAAACUUACCUGUGGAGCAUAUUUUCCCAUCAAUGAAGUGAGGAAGCUCUGAUCAAUGUUGCUGUAUUAUUGUGUUCAUUUAUUUAUGAAACUAAUAAUAAUAAAAUUGGUAAUGUCUUCACUUUAACUUUAUAAACAUAUUGCAGAUGUUUUUACAGGACUUUCAUAUACUCUUUCAGAAAAUAUGAGGAAAUUUAUCCACCUGAUGUUGCAGAGUUUGUAUACAUCACAGAUGAUACUUACACUAGAAGCCAGGUAGGACAAUGAUUUUUUUUUAUUUGACUUGCUAAUGAUUUGAUUUUAUUUAUAACUUAUGUCUCUGCUAGUAUUUUAUUUAUAACUACCUAAUUCACUGUUAUUUAAAAUGUCUUGUUUUGGAAAAUGACACACAAGCAAGCUUCUGAUACUUUAUAUUGGUAAAAUUUUGAUUUGCAGGUAUUAAAAAUGGAGAGUGUGAUCCUGAAGUUGUUAAAUUUCAAGGUAGCUGUGCCAACAAUUAACUGGUUUUGUGAACGCUUCCUUGACAUGAUUAAAGGGUCAGACAAGGCGAAAUAUUUGGCAUAUGUGAGUAUACAUACAUUUUUAUCAACUGUCUUGUAUAAUUAACUGAAGUUUUGUCCAAUAAUUUACUGUGUAGAAAUUUGUUGUUUAAACAUUGCUUAUCAUUGGCUUAGUUUAAUUAUUUUAUCAUGAAUGCAGUUCCUGACUGAGCUGUCCUUGAUUGAAGUUGAGGAGUUUUUGGACUUUAGACCCAGCAUGAUUGCUGCCAGUGCUGUUGUUCUCUCUCGGAGCACAUUGAAAAUAAAUGAUCCAUGGGUAUGUCCUGUCAUGUCGCUAAGAUUAAUUAUGUAGUUCCAUGGCAUUUUUUUUUUUUUACAAUAGCAUUUUCUUAAUGGGCCUUUUAAAAUAUAUAUUUGUACCUUUGCAGCCGGUGAAUGUGGAAAAAUACAGUGGCUAUUCCUUGACAGAUUUAAAAGACUGUAUUCAGUGUUUGUUUCGCCUUUAUGCAAGAAAGUCAACCAUGCCACAGCAGGCUGUCAUUGAGAAAUACAAACAAGACAGGUAAACUGCAGGGAUGGGAUAAUAUCAUAUUGCUUUUGGUUUGCAAUUAUUUUUUUCAAAGUCUUUGGUUAAUGUCUAAACACACCUCAAAUUGACAUCGCUUAAAAAAUGUUUUUUUUUUUAUUUUUAGGUUCCACAAUGUUGCUCUUGUUGAGCCGCCUGCUGUUCUGGCUAUUCACUAAAAUAUUUUAGAAGACAAGAAUCUGAUGCUCGUCUUUCUACAUGAUGGCUAGAUUUGACCUGUUCAGUAUGGCAGCUACUUACACCUUUUACACGCACAAAUGUGGGUAAACCGCAAAAUACUUAGGCCUUCUUUCUAUUAGCUUCUACCUCAG